UGUACACAUUUUGUACCUACGUGUGGUUGUGUUGAAUACGUACAUGUAUACGUAUACGCAGACAAGUUUGUGUAUGGUAUAGAUGUGUAUCAGAUAUUAACUGCCAAGAGUGGGAAUUGAUAUUUUGAUAGAUCCAGAGAGGUAUCGAGAGGUGAGGGGGAAAGAUGAGUGAGAGCCAGAGGUUCCAGCUGGGGACCAUUGGGGCGUUGAGCUUGUCGGUGGUGUCGUCCGUCUCAAUCGUAAUUUGCAACAAGGCGCUCAUUAGCACGCUUGGUUUCACAUUUGCCACAACCUUGACAAGCUGGCAUCUUCUGGUCACAUUUUGUUCUCUUCAUGUGGCGCUAUGGAUGAAAUUGUUUGAACACAAGCCUUUUGAUCCAAGAGCUGUAAUGGGUUUUGGCAUACUAAAUGGAACCUCCAUUGGACUUUUAAAUCUUAGCUUGGGUUUCAAUUCUGUUGGUUUUUAUCAGAUGACAAAACUGGCGAUCAUUCCCUGUACUGUUCUUUUGGAGACUCUUUUCUUUAGGAAAAUAUUCAGUAGGAGUAUCCAGUUUUCACUCCUCAUUCUUCUUUGUGGUGUUGGAAUUGCAACGGUGACUGAUCUUCAGCUCAAUGCACUGGGUUCUUUCUUGUCUCUGCUUGCAGUAAUCACAACCUGCGUUGCUCAGAUUAUGACGAAUACCAUCCAGAAGAAGUUCAAAGUUUCUUCGACGCAACUUCUAUAUCAGUCUUGCCCCUAUCAGGCGAUGACUUUGUUCAUCGUUGGCCCAUUUCUGGAUGGGCUUUUGACUAAUCAAAACGUUUUUGCUUUCAGAUAUACCCCUCAAGUACUGUUCUUCAUUGUUCUGUCCUGCCUGAUUGCUGUCUCUGUAAACUUCAGUACCUUUCUGGUUAUUGGAAAGACAUCUGCAGUCACCUAUCAGGUCCUAGGGCAUCUGAAAACAUGCCUAGUUUUGGCCUUUGGCUAUGUUCUACUUCAUGACCCAUUUAGGUGGCGCAAUAUUUUAGGGAUUUCGAUUGCUGUAGUUGGGAUGGUAGUCUAUUCAUACUGUUGCACUCUUGAGAGCCAGCAGAAGGCUAAUGAAGCAUCUGCGCCAUUGGCCCAGGCAAAGGAAAGUGAAUCUGAUCCUCUUUUAAGUGUGGAAAAUGGAGCUGCGAUUUUAGGUGAUGGUGCUGUUCAAAAAGCCCCUGUAUGGAAUUCAAACAAGGACCUGCACGCAUAAAGCAUUUGCAAUAACUCGUAAUCAUUUUUCUCUAGAUCAAAAUUGGUAGACAAACCAGUCCAGCGAUGAAGAUGUUGCUGGUAAGGUCAUCCAUGUAACCAUUUAGGUAUCUGAGCUUGUGACUACUCAGGAAUGAUAUGGCAGAGUUAAAAGGAAUAGUUAUCUUCUUAUAUAGCAGUUUUGGUUAUCAGUUUUGUAUGAGUCAGGCUUCGUAAUGGAAUGCAUACCAGAAUUUAAUAUGUCAAUUGUAUACUGUUAUUUCCAAACA